AUGGUUGGAACAAGAUCUCAAGCGGGAGAUGCGAUGAAGGCAGAAAUGGUGGAUCUGGUGAUGGAGGAGGAUCUGCUAGAAGAAAGGAUGUCGCGGUUGGAAGCUAAGGUUGACGAACAUCAUCAGGAGACUCUACAACGAUUCAGGGAACUAUAUGAGCUGCUGAGGCGAGUGACGACUCAACCAUCAUUGGAUGCGUCGGUGAAGGGGAAAUCGGUGCAGAUCUCACUAGAGGUUUCUCCGAAAGCAAAACCAGACGGAUCGGCGUUUUCUCCAACCGUAGCUGAAGGAUCGGGGCUCAGGGAAGCAAGGAGAGAUGUUCGAUCUGAACAGGUAAGACCUGAAGCUCAAUACUACUAUGGUGGGGUUACUAGGUUGGGAAAUAUCGAUUUUCCUCGGUUUGAUGGGUCUCGAAUCAAGGAGUGGUUGUUUAAGGCUGAGGAAUUUUUUGGAAUAGAUUUCACUCCGAAUGAUAUGAAAGUGAAGACUGCUGCGAUUCAUUUCGACGGUCACGCAGCAGCUUGGCAUCACUCUUUCAUACAAUCUGGGGUCGGUUUGGAAGUUCUAUAUGAUUGGAAGGGAUAUGUGUUGUUGUUAAAGGAGCAGUUUGAGGAUGUUUGUGAUGAUCCCAUGGCUGAGCUUAAGCAGCUACACGAAACUGAUGGAAUCGUGGACUACCACCAGAAGUUCACUCUGAUUAAGAUUAGGUUGAAUCUGUCGGAGGAAUACUUGGUGAGCGUUUACUUAGCGGGACUAAGGUUGGACACGCAAAUGCAUGUGAGAAUGUUUCAACCCUUGACAGUGCGCCAUUGCUUCUUAUUAGGCAGGCUGUAUGAGAAGGCACACCCAAAGAGGCCUCCCAAUACAGCUUGGUCUCCUAAACAGAGUAUGGUUAGCAAGGGAAGUGGCGAAGGGGAAGUUAAGGCUGAUCACGAUGGUAGAACAUCUUUCAAGGCACCGGGGAAUCCAGCUAAGAAAUUAUCUCAACAAGAAAUGAGUGAAUGGAGAGCUAAAGGACUUUGCUACUUUUGCGAUGAGAAGUAUACGGCUGAACACUACUUAGUCCAUAAGAAGACUCAGCUGUUUCGGAUGGAUGUAGAGGAAGAGUUUGAGGAUGCGUGGGAAGAACUGGGGGAAGAAGAUGAAACCAAUAUGCCACGGAUUUCAGUUAAUGCUGUUUCAGGUAUAUCAGACUACAAAACCAUGAGGGUGAAAGGAACCUAUGAGAAGAAGAUCAUUUUUAUGUUGGUAGACUCAGGUUCAACUCAUAAUUUUGUGGAUCCGCGAGUAGCAGCAAAGCUGGGAUUUGUGGUGGAGUCUGCUGGUCUUACUCGAAUAUCAGUGGCUGAUGGUAGGAAGUUGAGAGUGGAAGGGACGGUCAGGAAUUUCAAGUGGAAGCUCAACUCUACUCAAUUUCAAUCAGAUGUCUUACUUAUACCUCUCCAAGGAAUUGUUAUGGUACUGGGAAUUCUAUGGUUGGAGACGUUGGGCGUCAUUAACUGGGAUUUCUUGAACUUGGAGAUGCGAUUCCGAUUUAAUAAGAAGAAGGUAAGGCUGAAUGGCAUUAAACAAGGCUCGGUGCGUGACGUGAAGGCACAAAAGCUUCAGAAGUUGCAAGAUGAGCAAGCUCAAUUCGCCAUGUUGUGUGUGCAAGAAAUUAAAGAGGGGGAAGUGUUGACUUCUUGUACGCUUAACACAAUGAUUGGUGAUAGCAAGGAGGAGACAAUAGUGGGGGACAUUGUCGAGAAAUUUCCUGAUAUUUUUGCUGAACCAACUGAACUACCCCCGUUCAGAGAUAAUCACGAUCAUCAGAUCAAACUUUUGGAGGGAGCUAAUCCUGUUAACCAACGUCCUUACCGCUAUGCAUUACAUCAGAAGAAUGAAAUUGACAAGAUAGUGGAGGAUAUGCUGACUGGGGGCACCAUACAAGUUAGCUCCAGUCCUUAUGCUUCUCCGGUUGUAUUGGUUAAGAAAAAAGACGGUACGUGGCGUUUAUGUGUGGAUUACAGGGAGCUCAAUGGGAUGACUGUGAAGGACAGGUUUCCAAUACCACUGAUUGAAGAUUUAAUGGAUGAACUGGGAGGGUCUAGAGUAUAUUCUAAAAUCGAUUUGCGGGCUGGCUAUCACCAAGUUCGGAUGUCACCUCCGGAUAUCCACAAGACUGCUUUUAAAACACAUAGUGGGCACUAUGAAUAUCUGGUUAUGCCCAUUGGACUCACAAAUGCACCAGCAACCUUCCAAAGUCUUAUGAAUGCAGUUUUAAAGCCUUUUCUCCGGAGGUUUGUUCUUGUGUUUUUCGAUGAUAUUCUCAUCUAUAGUUCAUCUGUGAAGGAGCAUGUUCAUCAGUUGGAGAGUGUUUUUGAGGUUAUGCGAGCUCACAAAUUGUUCGCGAAGAUGAGUAAAUGUGCGUUCGCGGUGACCAGAGUGGAAUACUUGGGUCAUUUCAUCAGUCAUGAAGGCUUGGCGGGGUAUUAUAGAAGGUUUAUCAAGGGUUUUGGUGUUAUAGCAGCACCAUUGCACGCCUUGACUAAAACAGAGGCAUUUAAGUGGUCUGCAAAAGCACAAAAUGCUUUUCAAGAACUGAAGGACGCCCUUUGCAAUGCUCCGGUUUUAGCAUUACCCUUGUUUGACAAACCUUUUGUGGUGGAGACAGAUGCGUGUGGUCAGGAUAUUGGUGCAGUGUUGAUGCAGGACGGUCAUCCGUUGGCCUAUAUAAGUCGAUAA